UGACCCGGAAGGGCUCCCGGCGCAUGUCGCGGAAGGCAGGCGGACUGAGCGAGGCGGCCGCUCCUGCUUAGGCUGCCCGGGGCCGGGGGGAGAUGAUGGCCACGUUCUUCGGCGAGGUGGUGGCGCCGCCGUCCCGCGCUGGCGACGACGACGACGACGAAGAAGAAGAGGCGGCGGCGGCCCUGGAGCGCGAGGAGACGCCGGAAGAUCGCGAGAUUCGCCAGCAGCUGGAGAAGAAAAGGGAAGUUCACAUCCUCUGGAAUCCAACAUCUACUGCAUCUAAUAACGAGCAGUUUCCUUGCUCAAAGUUCGUAUUGGCUGUAGGGCAUAACGCAGUAGCAUUCUUGUCUUCCUUUGUUUUGAAUUCUGGAAGCUGGGAAGUCGUUGGAUCUCUCAAAUUGUGGAAUGAGUGGUGCAGAACAUCAAAUACGACCAAAGUCCUUCCAACAGAUUCUUUCUGUUUGUUCUAUCGGUUGAUUUCCGAUCCCACAGUUUUAUUGUGCCAGUGCAAUUGUUACGUGGCAGAGGACCAGCAGUUUCAGUGGCUUGAAAAGGUUUUUGGAUGCAUGCAGAAGACGGAUUUGCAAGUGCUUGUUCUUUCAACGUGCUCUGUUACGGAAUAUAAAACAACAGAAUCCACUCUAACACUUCCUUCUCCUUUUCUGAAAGCAUUAAAGACAAGCACGUUUGAAGAUAAAGUCUGCUGUUCAUUACUAGAACAGCCAAAUAUUGCACGGGACCUCCCUGCUGCAGUUCUCAGUUACUGUCAAGUGUGGCAGAUCCCUGCAGUGCUUUAUCAGUGUUACACUGAUAUCAUCAAACUGGAUUUGGUAACAAUUGAAGCUUUCGAGCCUUUGCUAUCUUCCAGAAUCCUGAAGGGUUUGGUGAAGGACAUUUCAAGAAACACAGAAAUAUUGAGAAAAGUGGUGACAACAAAUGAAAUUGAUAACAUCUACACUUAAAAUGGAGAAUUGUCUUGGAUACUUUCAAAAUCCAGUAUUUUGUCAACUGCAGCUACUUUGCCUGGAAGCAUUUGGGACUUGUAGUUCCUUUAGAAGUGGAAUGUGUUAUCUUUUGUACCAUAUGCUGACUGUUGUGAAGGGGGUGGGGUGUUACCAGCUAAAAUGAAUUAAAAAGAGACAUUUUUAUUUUUCACAAACUCAAGUCAUUUUUUUUUAUUUUUGCCAUGAGCAAAGGCAACUCCUUACAUUCUUCCACCAGUAAUCAAAUUAUAUUUUAAUGCAGCAAAAUAAUUGUAGUGGAUGUGGCAAAGCCUCUGUCUGUAAUUGACUUGGGUUGGCCUCCUACCACAGAAGCAGGGCAGGCAGCAAAGCCUGUGGAUGCUGUUAGUUGAAGUGCUUAGGUUCUAGAGAUAGGCAAGGCAGGCAAAAUAGUCUAAUAAGAUGCAAGGACAUAGGAAGCAAGCACCUGAUGACUGAGAAGGCAGGAGGCUAAGCAAGGCUUAGGAGAAGAGGGUGGGACUUUUAAGAGAAAGUGGCCCAGAGGAAUUUCUUUAUGGGGAAGGAAAAGAAGUAAAAUGGUGAGAAUGGACAGGUAGGUAGAGUGGCCACUUACAUUUCCUCUUUUGUUGGCAGUGUUUAUCACCACAUAAGGAGACAUAGAUUUGCAUAGGAUAAUUUACAUGUGUAGAUUCAGAAACAGUUGCUAUCAUUUCAGUAGAAAAAAGGAUCCGUCCCACAAUAGCAAGGAAGAUUGACCUGUGCAUUUAUUCAGUCUGUUUUCUAUAGGUAAACUAUAAACAGGCAACUUCAAGGUCCCUAUUCUUCCUUUUGUGUGUUAAAUAUCUUUAUAAACUGGACUUCGAUCAGAUGGCCAUUCAAAACAGAGAACUCCUUCCAAUUGAAGCUUUUCCUUUGUUAAGAAGUACCUAUGUCAACACUAUAGCUAGGACACAAGCUCAGGGACAGGAAUUGCAAAGUGUGGAAUAGCUAAUGUUGCUUGAAAUAGCCGGUUAAACCUCUGUCUGCAGGCUUCUAUAACUGUACAAAACAACUUUACCUUGUUACUUAAUAGCCAGUUAAGUUUUUCAGUUACAUUGCUUUCAAAUAAUAAAACCUUAUACUGUACUAAGAAAUUGUCCUAUGAAGCUUGUUUUGCCCCUUUGAAAUUCUGCAGUUUCCUGCCUUAGGUGGUGGCUGCAAAGAGAACAUAGGUGUCCAUAAGCAGCACAAAGUGUGGGAUCUGGAGCUGAGUUAGGGAGCUGUCGACUCAACAAGGCUGCAAAGAAGACUGAGAAAAUAAUGUCCUCACUGCCAGUCUCUCUUUACUCCUGUUCUUAGUCACUUACGGUUGUAUCAUCUCCUUCCUUUCAAAUAAGUUGCUAAGGAUAAAGCAUUCUGGGCAAUCAAACAGGUUGGUCUUGCUCAUUCAGGGAUUCCCCCUGGGUUUACUGGCUCUCUCUGCCCUGAGGCUCAGGAAGCAAAGUGUGGCUUGGGUGUGGUCAGAUGGCCUAUGAACAUGGUGAGACAACCAUGUUGAGGCACUUUAGGACCACCUUCAGACUGCCAGGACUGCUGAGGUUCUCCCUAGGGUCCCACCCUGCCUCUUCAGAGGAGGCCUCUCCAAGGUCUGCAAUGGGCAGGAUCCCAAAAAGAUGCAACUUGCCUUUCAAAUAAAGACAGUGAGCCUCCCAUGAACCUGCUAGACUGGGAACAUUUUUCUGCACCUUGUCUUGAACCUUAUGGAGGGGUGCUAGUGAAUGCUCUAUGUUAGUAAUUAUGGAUGGAAUUCAAUGUUGUUCUAAGACAAUUGUUCCAUUGGUGCUCAUCUAAUGGAACCAUCUCCUCUCUCCUCCCUGCACACUGUUCUGGGGGUUCUCUCAACACACACCCCUAGGGCCAAUUGGGGCAGGGGCAUGUUCAGGGGGAGGAGAGAUGGGAAAGCACUGUCAUGCUGCUAUUCUGGAUCUUAUUUAUUAAGUUAAUAUACUGCUCAUCACAAGACCAUGAGGCAAUUUACAACCUAGAAUACAAAGGUCAAUAAAUAU